CAACACCAACAGAAUUCAAACGGGGAGGGCCACCAAUUCACGUGGCUCUGAGCUUCAGAGGAGAACUAGUUUCCAUCAUUCGCGAUUUGCGCUUUCGGCGGUUCGGUCUAGUUUUGCGGUGUUUUGCUUUGCGCUUCAAAUCUGGAAGUGUGUUAUUUAGCGGAAAGUUUGUGACAGGAAAUUUUGUGCAACCUGUUGCUCACAGGUGUUGGUGAAAAGUGUGAAAUUUAGCGCAGUGAUAAAGAACAAUUUUCGAGUUCAUUUUUCUCAUCGGUCGCGGAAAAGCAGCGAUUUUUCAACUGUUGGGCGUACCAUUGUGUCGCCUUCCCUAAGGAAUCCAGAUAAGGAGCCACGACCUUCCCUAACAAGGCGACACGUAACCAGAAGGAAUACAGCCGCCAGUGGCGUCAGUGCAAGUCAUGUCUCAUAUUCACUUGGCUCAGUCGGAAAUAUGGAUGGCACAUCGCCCCGUCAGUGCAAUGUCUCGUCAAGAAUCUGAAAUGAUCAACCGCAGCCGCCGGGCUCUAUCCUCGGGCACGCUGACCGACUCGAUCGAGAAGCUGCGCCACAUGUGCCUGGCCAGAGGUGCCUCGGGAAUCCUCGGCCUGGGACGCUGCUUCCGCCGCAUGGACGACGACGGCAACAAGGCCCUGAACCUGGAGGAGUUUACCAAAGGUCUGCUGGACACCGGGCUGGACGUUACCAACGAGGAAGCCUCCGAGAUGUUCAACAAGUUUGACACUGACGGAAGCGGUUCCGUCAACAUGACCGAGUUCCUGAUUGCCAUCCGGCCUAAUAUGUCCGAGUCGAGGAAGCAGAUUGUCGGGGCUGCCUUCGCCAAGCUGGACAAAACCGGAGACGGAGCAAUCACCGUUGAGGAUCUAAAGAACGUCUACUCGGUCAAGAACCAUCCCCUAUACAUCAGCGGAGAGGAAACGGAGGACAACAUCCUGCGAAAGUUUCUGGCCAACUUUGAGGAGAACGGAAACGCCGACGGAACGGUUACCAAGGAGGAAUUCCUCAACUAUUACGCCGGGCUGAGCGCUUCGAUCGACUCGGAUGCCUACUUUGAUCUGAUGGUUCGCCAGGCUUACAAGCUGUAAAGGGGCGCGUUUGACACUGCUAUUACCAUUGCUAUUCUGUGUAUGUUCUAAGUCGUUACAAAUGCAACAAUUAUUUAUUUAUUUUACAUACUUUAGAACUUACAAACUGCUGUUUGGAACAUAGAAUCUAUACGUUUUAACGUGAUAAUCCGCCCAAAAGUUUAAGGCUAACGGUAUGUUCGACGCAACUCUGUCUCCUCUAAUCAAUUAUCUUGUUUCUAAAACCAUCACAAUUCGAAUCUUAAGAAACAUUCUAUUUUGAAAAUAACAACAAUGCAUUUCUGUGCUGGUUUGAUGAAGAAAUAAAAAUGAUUUUAAAACAAGAGGGACUUAAAUCAUAAUCUGCGACAAUGCGAGAGAGAGAGAUAGAAAUAAAGGUAUGUUCAACAGAAAA